AUUGACAGUUCGUUCCCUCCCCAGUGUAGCUGUUAGCUCCGUGGCUGCCCUGCCGGCUGUUUGAAUGGUUUAGCGGCGGAAAACAAAGCUGAACUGUGAUGCGACUCUUAUAAAACUCGCUUCGCUUAAAAAGAAGAAGAGGAGCCAGACUGCCCGGGGCUGAAAAAAAGGUGAGAGGCUGAGCGAGCGAGGGAACAAGUGAGAAGGAACUAGAGAGAGAGAGAGAGAGAGGCCAUGGAGCAGCAGAGACAGAGGACUCUCUCCACAUCAGGAGAAUCGCUGUAUGCUGUGCUGGGGGUCGACAAGAACGCCACGACAGAGGACAUCAAGAAAUGUUACAGGAAACUGGCGUUGAAGUUUCACCCAGAUAAGAACCCGGACAACCCAGAGGCUGCUGAGAAGUUCAAGGAAAUCAACAACGCCCACUCCAUACUGGCCGACGCCACCAAGAAGAACAUCUACGAUAAAUACGGCUCGCUGGGGCUCUACGUCGCAGAGCAGUUUGGAGAGGAGAACGUCAACACCUACUUUGUUCUGUCCAGCUGGUGGGCGAAGGCCUUGUUCGUCUUCUGCUGCCUGGCCACAGGCUGUUAUUUCUGCUGUUGCCUGUGUUGCUGCUGUAACUGUUGCUGUGGUAAAUGUAAACCUCGGCCGCCCAUGGACCAGGAGCCCGAGUUCUAUGUCUCCCCCGAAGACCUGGAGGCCCAGAUGACUGCUGACGAGAGAGAUGGCGGCGAGCCCAUCGUGAUGCAGCCGUCCUCCGCCACAGAAACCACCCAGCUCACCUCCGAUGCCCACCAAAGCUAUAGGACCGACGCAUACUGAACACACACGCACACACACACACACACACACACGUUCAGCUCACACCUGACAGUUAACCACAGCUACAGUAUCAACCACAAACACACACAGCUCCACCACAAUCACCAGACUGACACAUACUGCACACACACACACACACACACACACACACACACACACACAAGCAUCACUUUCUUUUCAGUUCAUCCGCAGCAGUAAUUAUUAAUACCACACACACACACACACACACACCAGCAAACCAUCACUCUGACAGUUAGCAUGGACUCACCAGCUCAGCCCAAACUUUUCUCUCUCUGAAUUUCAAAUUUAUGAGGAAAGAGUGGAGAAGAAGGAGAAAACGAACGAGGAGGAGAGAAAAACAAACACUGAACGAUUCUUUGAUCACUCGUUAGACAGAAUGCAAACAAACAUGAGCCCAGCUUUAAUACGCAGAGUAACAUCCACCUGCAGAGUGACAGACAAGCUCAGUGUUACUCUCAUAUCAGAUACACCUGAUAACAAUCAUCAUGUCCCAAACACUAUCAGGAGCAUGGACCAGGACUUAAACAGGGACUCACCAACUGUCUCACAGCAGGCCGGUAUUAAAGUUUCAGGAAGUUGCCAAAACGCAGAGACAUUCACUAAAUACAGUACAAGCUGGUUUUACCUGUAAAAGGUGUAAACACACAUUUUUAUUUAUUUUUUUAUUUCAAAAGUCCUGAAGAAAGGUCAUGAAAAUCUCUAAACCUGAGCACAAAAAUAACGCGGUGACGGAAAAGCCUUACAAAUGAUCCUGUCACGUCCGUUUGGAAGCUGGCGUCUGGAGCUUCAGGAGCAGGAAGUUAAAUACUGAAUGGUGGAAAUGGAGGAUGAACCCCGAGCUGUGAAAGAGAGAAACAAGAGUAACGCUAAAGAUGUGCAAUGAAUUUUAACAGUAAUGCUUUUGUCUUUGUGCCAUAGUCGACUGAGGCAUAAAAUUGGGUUUUCGCUCUUUACAUUUGCUUGUAUUUACUUUUCUUCAGUGUGUUGGUGUGAGCACCAGCACAGACCUGAGGAAGGCUGCUGUCCAAACAUUGGCUUGAGAUCCACGUUUUUGUUCUGCUGUAGCAGAAAUCUAAAAAUGAAGGAAGCCAUAGCGUGCUCUGUACUUUUCAGCGUGUGUUGUAGCUGCACAGCCAAGUUUCUGUUUUCCGCAUCCGUGUCACAUUUUAAUAUUUUAUUUAUUAACAAGGAAAUAAAUUCCUUGUGUCUAGAACGUAAACAUUUGUGGAUGUUGUUAAUCAGUCGCUCAGAAACUUGAUGAGAAACAGGCUGCCUCCGUUUAGCUCGCUGGGAAACAGCUGUGGAGGCUUCCCUCUCUGCUCUGCACUGAGCAGAAGCAGGUCAGUGAUCCCGUCUGUCAGAUCUGUGAGGAGCUGAUAGGAGUAACCGGGGGUGGAGGUGUUUUCCUCUAUACCCUCAUGAACAUCACCCCCCCCCCCCCCCACCCCUCCUAAAUGUGGAGAGGGCAGCUCGCACUGGAACAGGUGCCAACAAUUGAAACCUUUACAAACCAUCAAACUAUCACAAGACUCCAGGACAGUUUGAGUAAGAUUCCUGAGGGUUAGUGUUGAUGGAUGUGGCCUGCAGCCGCCUUUAGCCUGUCAGCUUCCUCUGCCGUCCCGUGCGGCGGCAAGGCAGCUGAGGUUUCAGUCGGGGGAAGACGUCGGGUUCAAAGUCCUCAGAUUCUCCUUGUCUUCCGUGAGGAGACACUGGAACCUGUGCAGCUGCUCACGAUGAAUCUGAAUCAUGUUUUUGCACAGAACAGCAUCCUCGGUCCAUAAACUCCACAUAAUCACGCUCUGCUUCAGUUUCUCAGUAGGAACAGUGAUUAGUCACAUUACAUGUUAUUAAUACUGCUCCAUUGUGGGUUUGCUGUGAUGCUCCUCCUCUUUCCAUCUUCCUCUCUCCUCUUCUCCUUCACUUCUUCCUCCCUGUGUUCAGCUCGAUCCACCGUUCCUCCCACGUGUGAAGGACUGAGCUCCUGUGUUCACACUGAGCUGUGGCAGCCGUUCAGCACAGUCCUCCUCUUGUUGUUACCCUAAAGGACACACACACACACACACACUCACACACACACACUCACACACACACACACAGUGAUUGAGCCCCGUUUUGUUUGUUUUUAGCUUUCACUUUGUUUUGUGAGAAAGUAAAAUGCUGUACAUGUCGUGCAAACUGUAUGUUUAGAUUUCACUGUAUUUCUUUGAGUUGGUCGAAAAUAUGAACACUUGGGUUUUUCUUUCUUUUUCUUCUUCUUCUGUUUGUCUCUGUAGAUUUGCUUUUCAUUGUUUUUGUUUUUCUUAUUUAUGUUGUUAAUGAAGGGAGGAUAUUGAUAUCCAGAGUCUUACGUGUUCGCGUGGCAGCAGUUUUGUGGAUUAUACAAUUCUCAUAGCAGCUGGAAAGCAGUACAACAAUCAGGCUGAUUAGUUGGGGUGUCGUUUUCCAAGAAUAACACUUUUUUUUUUGUUGUUGUUCUUUAUUUGUCACACAUGAGUAGCUCCCCAGCUCUGCUAGUAGAAAAAAACAGGAACGUUGUGGUUGUUUGUGUCAACUUUUAAUUUUUAUUAAAAAAGGAAAAAAAAAAACUUACAUCCAACCAAACAGAAUAAUCUGCUAAUAAUCUCAUUUUCUUUGAUUACUCAAUCAAACACACACUCAAUAUGUAUUUAUACAUAUCAUGAGAAUAAGAGCUAAAUAAGUCUCUUCCAUGGCUGUCCUCCACUUCCAGACUUACAAUCGCAGGUUUCAGGGAAUCUGAAUGAAACUAAACUAAAUCAGAUCAGUUUGAGGCCACAGGAAGAAAAAAUGUACCUAAAUUAGAUAUCUUCAUUUCUAACGUUUGAACUCACAGAACAGAUUUUUAUUCCGUUUUGUUUUUAAGUUUGUCUUCCAAUUUGAAUCUAACUUUGAAUUAAACAGAUCUUUUAAAGUUUUUCCCAUGAAGCAGAAGCUCUGUUUUCACCAAAGGAAUCUUCACUCGAUUCGGUUUUUGUGCUUCAUGUCAUGUGAUCACUGAAACAUCACACUGUCAAACACAAAUCCCUCAUGUCUUUCUGUUGAACCAAACAUUCAGCAACAGUGUCUGAGUGAAUGCAGCGUGAAGCCUGAAACACAUAAACCUGGAGUCAAGGAACUUCCACUGUUUGACCUAAAACAACAAGAACUGAUGUGUGAAUAUAGAAACCAGAGUUGACAAUAAUAUUGAAGCAUUAUUUUAUUUAUUUUAUUUUUCUUAUCUUUUUAAUAAUUGAUUAACGACUAGCUGGUAUGUCAAGGAGAUGUAUAGAAUUUUAGAUGUGAGCCGUUUUGACAAUGAAAAGACAAAAUGGCAGACCUGCUGUACAUACACGCAGUGACACAGUACAUAGAGAUGUUAGAGGUUUUCUGUUCUUAGCAUGGACUAACUGUGUGCGUCUGUCAGGCAGACGUGUGGGGAAAUUAACCUGAUGUACUGUUGUAAAAUAAAUGUUUCCGAUGCUUCAGA